AUGUAAACCCACAAAUUCUAAAAUAAAUAAUUAACAUUGUUAGACUUAGUUUUAAAGAAUGAUGAUGAUCAAUAUAGAAUAAAAUCAUAAUCAAAUUCUAGUAGAUUUGAAAGAGAAGAUAUUCAUCAUUCUUAAUAUAAUUAAUUAGGUAUCUCCUUAUAUUAUGAUGCUAAUAUUACCGGUAAUGAAUAAUUUGUUAGCAAUUCAUUGUUUCGUUCUAUUCUCAAAAAUAUUGAAGAUAAACUUUUAGAACUUGAAACUAGAAUAGAUAAUAAAGAUAAUUUGACUAAAUUCUCAUAUCAAAUUGAUCAACUUAAACAUCAAUAAUAUCGCAAUCCAUUUCUUAAAGAUGAUCUAUUAUUGCAAGAAUACAAACGGCAAGAUAGUCAAAUAUCAGAAAUGAUAGAUGAUCAAUCUGUUAGAGAUACAGGAGUCAAAUUUCAUAAACCAAGUAGAUCAAGAUCAACUUGUACUAAUAAUUAUGAUGAAUAAUUAUCUUCAUCUAAUAAUAAUGCUUCAAAUCUAAAAUAAAAAAAAAAUAAAAUCACUGAAGAAACUACUUUCACUAAGUUAAAUCUUUUUGAGAAGAAACUUUUAUAAUUUCAGGAUUAAUUUUAAAAAUAUCUAUAGAAAGAAGAAAUCUCAUUUAAGAAAUUAGAAUAGUAAGUAUAAGUUUCUUUAAAGGAAGCUGAAACAAGAUUAUUUUAAAAUACUAAAUCAAUGGAUAAAUAUUCUGAAAGUUUAAAUAAUUAUAGUGAAUAUUAUAAAGAAUUCUUAAAUAAAUUAUAAUAACUUACUUCUUAAAUCAAGUAUUAAAAUCUAAUUAUAGUAGCAAUCAUUAAUAGGAAAUAAACCGAUUGUCAGAUGAUUCAAAAAUACCUUUCAUUUAAUUAGAAUAAACUAUUGCUGCAAUUAAUAAGCUUCAAAAUAUUCACAAUGAUUAAAUACUAUCAAUAAAAGAAUCCUAUACAUAUUUAGAAACAGAUAUACUAACAAUAAUGAAAAAUUACAAAGAUCUAAUACUUGAUAAAUAAAUUAAAAAUAAUAAUGUGUAAUUGAAGUGA